AUGGAGAAUGAAACCAAACAAGUUCUUAGUAUUAAUCAAAAGAACAAGAAUAUGGAUGUUUUAGAUAUCCUCAAACAAACUCUAACCAUCUAUUUCAAAAACAUCAACUUCAUCAUCUUCACUUUCCUCACUUCACUCCCUCUCUUUUUUCUCAUGCUUUAUUUUGAAACACUGUUUCAACAAAUCCUAGUUCAAACUCCAGACAUCAUCUCAUCUUUACCUUUCCGAGAAAAACAAACUACAAUUUACUUGCAUUCUUAUGAUGAACCAUACAUUGAUGUCCCAUACGUUAAUGCCCCAAGUUUUGGCAGUUAUUAUUUACCUCUUCUGAUUCAACUUGGAUUCAUCUACUCUAUCCCUCUUCAUGUUCUAGAAUUCUUGUCUAAAGUAUUAACUAUGGAUCUAGCUUCAAAGCUUAUAAUAAGCUCAGAAGAGAAAACCAAAAUGAGUUUGAAACACAUGUUUCAGAACUCGGUUGAUUUAUCAACCAUGAAAGGAACAUUUGUGACUUCUUUGUAUACACUUGUAUUAUCAAAUUGUCUUCUGGUUGCAUUUCCAUGGGUGGUGAGUAAUUGUUACAGUUUGGCUAGUACUUUUUGGUGCUACAUGAUUUUUGGAAUGAUUUGUUUUGUAGCGAUUGUGAAAUUGUUGAUGGUGUAUUUGGAAUGGAGUGCUAUUUGGGAUAUGAGUAUUGUGAUAUCAGUGUUGGAGGGUUUUUAUGGGAUUGGAGCUUUGAGAGUUUCUUGUUACUUCAGCAGUGGUAAUCAGAAGAGAGGACUUGUUUUGAUGCUUGUUUUCUUUGUUUUUGGAGGUUUGUUAAGGUUGGUUUGUGUCUACUUUGAAUGCUAUAGAGGAGGUAGUGGAAUUUUUCUACAAAUUGGGGUUCUUAGUGUGGUGAAUACAUUGAAAUGGGUGGCUUGUGUGGUUUAUUUCAAUGAUUGCAAAGAGAGGAAAAUGGAGAAGAAAGCUUUUAUUUUGAGCAAGGAGAAGAAAAUUGAUGAUGAAGAAAUGGGUAAAGUUGAGAUUGAAAGUAGUUCAUGA